CGCAUUUAGAAUACCCAUGCUCAGCGCCGGAUGAUGGCUUUUUCGUUCGUGCUAAACGAGUAGAGCUGGCAUGGCUUGUUUGCCUGAUCGGACAAUCCCGGAAUUUCCUCGUCCAAUCACUCUUGUACCAUAACCUGGUCGUUUUAGGCCGUCGACAUCGUUCGCAAUGUCUUUCACUUUGAAAAAGGCGGUCACUCUCACGCCCAGUGUUAGGGCUCUUCCCUCCGGCGUCCCUGUCGCUCCUCUUCUCAAUCUCGCGGCGCGAGCACCCGCUGACCCCCACGCGCACGGUCAUGGCGCCGCAGGACCCCGUUCCGACUCUGCUCCCCGCUGGGCUGGUGGAAUCUCGCAGACACCUUUCGGAAUGUCUGCCAAGAGCUAUAUCACCUUGUCCCCCACAACCCCUUCGAGUGUCCGCUUCCUGCACACCUCCCCCGUUGUCAAAGAUGCGCCUGAGGUCCCCGACUUUACUCAUUACCGUGCCAAUGAUACCGACAACAACCGCGCACUGUCCUACUUCAUGGUCGGAUCCCUCGGUCUCCUCUCGGCCAGCGUCGCCAAGUCCUCUGUCACCGAGUUCCUGAAGACCAUGUCUGCGUCUGCCGACGUUUUGGCUCUGGCCAAGGUCGAAGUCGCGCUGGACUCUAUCCCCGAGGGCAAGAACGUCGUCAUCAAGUGGCGUGGCAAGCCCGUAUUCAUCCGCCACCGCACUGAGGCCGAGAUUGAGGAGGCCCGCGAGACCAACUGGCACUCUCUCCGGGAUCCUGAGAGUGACGAGAUGCGGACUAAGAAGCCUGAGUGGCUGAUCAUGCUUGGUGUGUGCACACACUUGGGUUGUGUGCCUAUUGGAGAGUCUGGAGACUUCGGAGGAUGGUCAGUUCAUUUGCUCGUCUGCGCUUUGGAUGCGGCUUCAUUUCAUGCUCUGCAGGUUCUGCCCGUGCCACGGUUCU